ACGCAGGAUACAGAGGGUCAAGUCUGCAAUGAGUGGGGAGAGGAUGUUUUUCAGAUUCUCAGGAAACUGUGCAACAUAAAAUGCAUCCGACUGACACCCACAGCGCUUAACCCCUCUCACUGCUGAACCACAGUGCACCUGCCAGUGAGUGAAUCCGACACCCUGAGGUUAAGACACUGACAGACACACAAGAGAUCUGAGACCUCCUAGAGCAAAACUCUGACCAAAUAAAUGCCUCCACCAGCUCAUCUAUGGACCACUCAGGGACCGAGGCUGACAUGGUCCAUCAGAAAGUGCAAGCGAUCCUACGAGGACUGGAUGGGCAUCAAUCUGACCAUGGACCUAUUUAUGUGCCCAGGAAUGCUGAGAUGGACAUUGCACAAGAGCCUUGACAGGAACCCCAACAGCUGCAGCAUUAUGGUGUCCGUCUUGAUCAAGGAGCUGGAAAAGGCCGAGCGUGGAGACAACAAGCAUUACAUCAUACCCUUGCUGCACACCCUAAUGUACACAAUUACCAAGGCAGCGUAUAUCUCAGAUGAACUAUAUGAGAGAGUUUAUGUUUUCUGCAAGAAGAUCCUAACUCUGCCCAAGCCCUAUUGUACGAUCGGUUUAGACUACGCCCAUAGGAUGAAAACAGAGAGGAGGAUUCCAGGCUUUUCCUACCAAAAAAUGGUGAUAUCUGAACAAAACCUCAGAAGAGAUGUGUCUCAGCUGCAGGACAAGGUUCUUCUAUUCUUGGACCCGCAUCUAAUUUCAGAAUCCGUAUGUAAUACCUUGCUGCGGGAGACUCAGGCCAGCCAGAUAACUCAGACACCUACAUCUUGCAUGAAAUGCGUGAUCACCCACAGCAUCCAGGCCACUAUGGGAAAAGAUGUUGACAUAGGUCUGCUGCAACAGGUACUGCAGGGUCAAACCACAGAAGAGGUGGAACUUUGGUUUCAGGAAGUGCUGUCUGCGGUGGAGCAAAGUGAGCAGGAGAGCGCAGGAGGGAGCAAGAGACAUUGUGAGAGGCUGAGGGAGGUUUAUAGGAAGAUAAUCUGCUCAUCCAAGGAAGAAGUGCCGAUGCGUAAACUGCAGAGGAUCCCACUUCCUGAGCCAGAGAUCAGUGUGCACCUAUGGACAGAUGAAGACCAGCUGUGGAAGGAGCUGAUACUAUUCACAAGAGAAACGCAGAUAGCUGAUGCCGAUGUGGACACAUUCAGGAUUCCAGAGCUGCCAUCAGACACAGAAACCAGUGAACAGAAUCGGGUAUCAGUGUGGUCCAAUGACAGCGGGAUAGAGAGAGAUCUGCCAAGUCAAGAGGAAAAGGAACAAACCAAGCUACAAAGGAAGCCUUGCAUCAAGAAGAGAGGUCUUGACAUGGACUCCACAGUUCUUCUCCAGAACCUCACCAAAGCUCCUAGGGGGAGUAGAACUGGAACCCUUCAAAGACUCUCAGGCCUGAGCACUGAGGUCCCACCCGGACCUGAUAAACUGCCUACUGCCCGGGUUGUGAUAUUUGGGGAUGACAGAGCUUUGGGGAGGCUAGCUAAGGCAUUCUAUGCUUUUAGGAAAAGGGAAGCACGGAGACCUCACAGAACCCUGAAAGCAAAUCUGCAGUUCUACUGUAUUCCCAUCCAAGAGGAGGUAUCAGAUACAAGUUCAGAGGAGGAAGUUCCCACUAUGAAUGAAACAUGUGAGCUUAGCGGGUAUCUCGGCCGAGUGGAUCCAUGGUACAACAGCAACAUCAACACAUUGGGUGACCUGAUUCCCAAACUCUCCAUAAUGCAGCCGUGCUCCGCCAAAGAAAUGACCUCCGACCCCUUCAUCUUAGACGUCACCUCUUACUACCUGCGCUUCGGGCUUCAGCCUGUAUACUUUCAGAUUUAUAGCGUAAAGAUCCACUUCAGGGACAUCAGCUUGGAACCAGCUGAAGAUGUUUUCUUGACAGAACUAAAAGUUGAAAUCCAAGACUGCCCCUUCACCAAAUUGAGUACAAUGACCCGGAAGAAGACGGUUACUGAUGGGCGUGGCGCCGGGAUUCAAGUUCAUUAUAAAAAGGCACUGGCCAGUAACAGAGAGAAGGAGGGGUCUCUGGUGCUCAGAACAGCAGGGGCCGUUAUAAAAACAAUUCCUCAGAGAGAAUCAGAAGAUCUUGUUUGUUUAAACGUCUACUUUGAUGAAGUGACUAGAUCCACCCAUAUCUCCGGGCGUUCAGCUUCUAGCAAAAUGAAUGCACUUCGAGCUUCUAGUAUCCAGAUGAGAAGCCUGGAACUACGGACCCUGACACUGCAACUGGACAAAGACUCCCAGAGAGUUUAUACUAAUGUUUCUAGCUUAGAGGUGUCACCAUGCCAGGAGCCUGGAUACAGCCUGCAAAAGAUGCGUGCGUCACGUACUCAGCGAGAUGGGACUGAAGAAGCAGGGCUGAGCAGUUACAUGACAAAAUCUCUCUUGCUGCCAAUCAACACAUUUGCAGGAAUCGUCCAGUGACGCUUGGCUUGGAUUAACCCUGCCAGAGAGCCCAAACAGUAAUCCUAAAAAUGACUCUCAGUUUGGAGACAGAAGGGUUAAUGAGCUAGACACUAAAAACUUUUGACCUAUGGAAUAUGAAACUCCAGCCAGAAAUAGCACAUUUAUUAACUGGACUGAUGCAAUCAUGCACAGUAUCAAAUAAAUCUCAAAGAAUAUUUGAUAUUUUGUUUAAAAAAAAAAAGAGUUAUGCACAGAAUAUUUAUUGCUCUGUAAUAAAAGUUUGGUGAUUUUU